AAAGCCACAAAAGACUACUCCACUAUCAAUUAUCACCCUGAACCAACAACAAACCACUUUAGUCGGUGGUAUAAAAGCUGCCAGCCGCUUUAGAGUGCAUCAUCAGUUCUGCAGCAACUGUCCCAAGUGCCACAGCAGUGAACAUAUACACAUAUAACAAAUAAAAUAUACGCCGCCAGCGAUAGGAUAUACAUUCAAUUCUACGAAAAUGAACAAAACUACAAUUUGGUAUGCGGCUGUGCUGCUCCUCGUCUACUUUACUUUGGUGUUCUGUGAUGAAACCCAGGAGAAUGCCGACACUCAAUUGCUCUCCAAUAAUACGGAUACGGAUACUGACAUUCUAGCUAACGUUGGCCGAGCUCUACAGGAAUUUGAAGGACGUACUCGUCGUCAUCGCCAUCGCUUCUGGUAUCGUCAUCUGUGGCCUCUGGCAAUUGCCUACUGGAUCAAGGUGAAAGUGGUCAUCGUUUCCUUCUUUGUGGGCAGCGCCAUUUACUUGGGCCUCCGUUACUUCUGGCCACAUGCUCGAUGCAACCAGGAAGUCAUUCUCGAUCAUCCUCCACCAUCUUUCAGUCACGAUCACAUUCCAUAUUCUUUGGACCAUCAUGAACAUGAGCACUACGACUCGCCCUCAUACGAUUCGAGCCCUUCCUUUGAGCCCUACUCCGGUUACUCCAGUUACUCUUCCAACUCGGAUAUUGUCUCGGACUACUCAAGCGAUCCCUCCUCCUCUGCUCCAACAGGACCCAGCGGCCCCACAGGCCCAUCGAGCACACGUCGUCGUGGCAGACGCAGCAUUGAUCACGAUGUUGUGGAUACUAUGGAAGAAGAAGUGGAGCAGGAAGAACAGGUGGAGAUCGUAGAUGAAGAGAUUUCCGAGAGUGUGGCACGUCAACAGCCCGCCGAAGAGCAAAUUGCCGACUUUAUGUUUGCCUUUUUGGGUCUGGAUUCCAAGGCCUGCCGCCGCCGCUUUGUCUGCGAAAUGGAAUUCCGCUCCAAGUUGAACCCACUGUCGAGCAUGGCCUUCCGCAUUGUGGGUCGUGGCUUCUUCGAGAAGUACACCAACUCGGCAAAUCCUACGGCCAGAGCUACCAAUUUCCAGGAAUGUGCUGCCGUCAAUCCUGAGUGCAUUUUCGUGGAGAAUACCGAUCCAGAAGUGGAAUCUGUUGAGCAGCCCGCUAGCGAAGCAACCCCAGAUGCUGAGACCGCUGAGAAUGCACAGGAAGCCGAGAACACCUCUGAGGAACAAAACGAAAUCAAUUUGCAGGCGGAGCGUCGUCAUGCCAAGCUGAAGCAACGACGCGGCGAACGCAUGUUAAGUUCCGUUGCUGAACACAUUCUGACACAGUAGAUGACCAACGAUAACUAACGAUUAGCACUUGUAUUUAUUUAUUUAAUUAUUUAUUUUAGCUAUAAGAGUGAUGAAUGAAUCUACACACAAAAUAAACUUGCCUCAGCUAUAUUAAACAAUAUUUUGGUACAAUUAUUUGUUGUCUGGGAUGGGGAAAUGCAAUUAAAACAAAUGCUACAACUUUAACUCAAAAUUCACAAAUCUCAUUAAAUGGAAAUACUAAAAACACAACUGAAUACCGAAUACCGAUGACUAAAUGGAAAGUAUUGAUCCCUAAUAAAAUCAGACUAAAUCUUUUUGACUUUUUCCUUUUUGAUCGCAUUGAUCUGAUCGGCCAUUUGCUCGAUCUCUCGCUGAUUGAUGGGCUCGUUCUUUUUCACACUUGUUUUGCCCUUUUGACGCUGGGCAAUUUCUGCAACAAUAUCACUCAACUUGUCCCAGACGAAAGUGAGGAAUGUGACAGCCAGA